AUGGAAUGCUUAAAUUUCAGUGAUGCAGAAAAACCAAUAAAUGAAUAUUCGGAGCUGUUAGAAUCUUAUUUAAAAAAAUACAAUGUAGAAUGUUUUGAUUAUUCAAAAUUUAGUGACCCCAAAUAUAUUGGGCAUGGUGGGUUUGCAACAGUACACUCAACUGCUUUUGAAGGGAACAAAUAUGCAUUAAAAAAACUAAAUAAUAAUUGGUGCAUAAAUAGAAAAGCAUUCAAUCAAUUAAAGUGCGAGCUUAAAAUUCUUAAUGAUGUUGAACAUCAAAAUAUUAUUAAAUUUCAUGGAAUUUCAAGAGAGCAGAUAUCAGGUGAUUUCAUGAUCGUGUUACAACUUGCAAGUGAUGGUAGUCUAUGA